AUGGUGGGAAUACUACAAGUUAAUGGCCAAGGAGAAGAAAGCACAUUAAUGCAAGACUUAAAACCUUUUCGAAUUCUUAUCAGUUUGCUGGAUAAGCCUGAACUAGGCCCUGCCAUCCUAGAGGAUGUAUUGAUCGAAGUGUUUCGAACAUUGUAUACACAGUGCACAGCAGAGCUGGAGCUGCAGACAGAACCAUCUUUCAACAAAGAUCACACACAGCUAAGCAGCAAGCUGAGAGAAAACAAGAAAACAGCAGAAUUGAUUAAAACUGCCAAUCUUCUUUUCAAUUCCUUUGAGCCUUAUUAUAUGUGGGAUUACAUUGCUCGUUGGUUUGAAGAAUGUUGUAGGAGGACAUUACAUGCCAGACUUCAAACUGCACCUGCAGGUGAUAGUGAGCAAUCUGAGUUACCCCUGACAAAUUUCUGCUUAUUAGUGGAUUUCUUGUUGGAUAUUGUUUCUUUGGAGACUUACAUUGAAAUACAGACUGAACACUUGCCUCAGCUGUUGCUCAGGAUGAUUUCUGCCUUGACGAGCCAUCUCCACACUUUGCACUUGUCUGAGCUCACUGAUUCUCUCAGACUCUGCUCCAAGAUCCUUAGUAAGGUUCAGCCUCCGUUGCUGUCUGCUGGCACAGAUGGUAUCCUGCAGCUUCCCAGUGGACACAACAGCUCCAUCAAAGAAUGGGAAAAUAAAAAGGUAAGUGAUUAAGUUCUGCAUCAUCUUGGAAAAAU